AUGCAUGAGGAUUCAGACUUUUGCACACCCUCUCCCUGGCACGGCGUCCUGCUGUGUGGGGAUGGGGGGGGAGUCCUUUUUGAUGGCGCAGUUGACACAGACCAGCACUGUUCCGGCUUAGAUGAAAAGUGUCUUUUUGAACAGGGCAUAAAAGGAUUUGACGGUCCAAAGUCACCGUGGUUUGUAUUGUGUGACCCGCCGCCAUUUCCAUCAGCUCAAAGUCGCACAGAGCCCCACCGUGACAAGUUCAUAAUGCUGGGAGGAGUAGAGUCUCGAGGAGUUCUGAGGAAGAUUAGUGACAUGUUGGAGGUGAUCCUCAAGAGGAUGGACACUCUGUCGAGACUGGACAACACCUCCAGCACCGACGCUCGCCGCCUCGAUGAACUCAGCUCUGCCAUCAACAGAAUCCAACCAGCCGGUCUGGUGGAGAGAAUCCAGGCCAUCGCCCAAAAUGUGUCCAACAUGGCCAACAGGGUGGAGCAAAUCCUGCAGAACAGCAUUGUACAAGGCAGAGUGCGAGAAGGAUCUUCGAGUCAAUGCGAAGUUCCCAGAGACCCACGCUACCCAGAGUGCCCUGGGAAAGUGGAUUGGAUGCGUUCGCGCUGGACCUCGGACCCCUGCUAUGCCUUCUAUGGUGUGGAUGGCUCUGACUGCUCCUUUCUCAUCUACCUGAGUGAGGUGGAGUGGUUCUGCCCCCCGCUGACCUGGAGGAACCAUAGCAGUGUUCCAACCGUUCCGUUCCCUCACCACCAGACUAAAGCUCCCAGGAGACAGGCGGCUUUUCGGACAGACCUGUCAGUAUUAUUGGACCAAGUGGGAACCGGGAAAGAAUCCUUGAGUUUUAUGAAACGCAGAAUCCGACGUCUCGGUCAGCAGUGGGGCAUCGCUGCCAACCGCCUGGACAAUAAGCUGGAGCAGCGGUGGAGAGACCAAAAGAAGAUCCUGGUACAUGUGGGCUUCCUGACAGAGGAGUCCGGCGACGUGUUCAGUCCGAAGGUGUUGAAGGGAGGUCCACUGGGAGAGAUGGUCCAGUGGGCCGACAUCCUGACUGCUCUGCACGUACUGGGCCACAACCUCAAGAUCUCCAUGUCCCUCAAAGAGCUGCAGGGAUUUCUGGGUGUCCCCCCUGGCAGAGGCAGCUGCCCCCUCACUGGCCCUCUGCCCUUUGAGCUCAUCUACACAGACUACCACGGCCUGCAGCAGAUGAAGCAGCACAUGGGGCUGUCGCUGAAGAGACACAAAUGUCACAUCCGUGUGAUCGACACAUUUGGGACAGAACCAGCUUAUAACCACGAGGAGUACGCCACGCUGCAUGGUUAUCGGACCAACUGGGGCUACUGGAACCUGGACUCCAAACAGUACAUGACUAUGUUCCCUCACACUCCGGACAACUCUUUCAUGGGCUUCGUGUCAGAGGAGCUCAACGACACCGAGAAGAGGAACAUCCAGCAGAACAAAGUCAACAGCAUGGCGGUGGUUUACGGCAAGGAGCCCAGUAUGUGGAAGGUAAGGGGUAAGGAGGGCUUUCUUCAGAUCCUACACCGUUACAUGGAAGUCCACGGCACGGUGUACUACGAGACCCAGAGACCUCCUGAAGUCCCGGCUUUUGUGAAGAACCACGGCCUCCUGCCACAACAUGAACUGCAGCAGCUGCUUCGCAAGGCCAAGCUCUUCAUUGGCUUUGGUUUUCCCUACGAAGGACCUGCUCCUCUUGAAGCAAUAGCCAAUGGUUGUAUUUUUCUCCAGCCCAAGUUCAGUCCAUCACACAGUUCUCUCAAUCAUGAGUUCUUCAGAGGCAAGCCCACGUCCAGACAGGUGUCCUCUCAGCACCCCUAUGCAGAGCAGUACAUCGGCAGGCCUCACGUCAUCACUGUUGACUACAACAAUUCAGAGGAGUUUGAAACUGCCAUUAGAGAAAUAAUGAGAACCAAGGUUGAGCCGUAUCUGCCUUAUGAGUACACAUGUGAGGGUAUGUUGGAGAGAGUCCACGCCUAUGUCCAGAAUCAGGACUUCUGUGCCCCUGAGCGCCCCUUUGUCCCGGCCAACCUGUCAAGACCCGGGACAGCUGGCGGCAGCAGGCGGCCUGGACCUCUGUUUGUGCCUCUGUCCAACUCCACUGCGCUGGGCUGGGCCUGGAAUGUGAGCGCUCCCACAGCUUGGCCUCCGCUGAGCUCCCUACGUCUGCUGGUGUCACAGGAGGGACAGUCCUGUGUGGACGCGUGCCAGAGCUCGGGCUUCAUCUGUGAACCUGCGCACUUCCAUUACAUCAACAACAAAGAGGCUCUGCAGGCCCUGGACGUGCAGUGUGAGGUGGUGGACACUGAGAUGAACCACAUCCUGCCUGCGUUCUCUGUGAUGCGCAGAGAGUGUGGCCUUCAGAGAGAAGCUCUGCUCUUCAGCUGUGCAGGACACUCCCCCAAAUACAGACGCCUGUGCCCCUGCAGGGACUUCCGCAAGGGACAGGUGGCGCUGUGUGCAGACUGUCUAUAA